UUACAAACCAGUCAAACGGUCGUACAACAACAUGAAGUGUGAUUGAAGUGAUUAAUUUCUAUCCUGUGGAGGGCAGUAAUAGUUCUUGUAGCGUCCUCGGCGCCUCAGAGGAGAAGAAGAAGAAGAAGAAGAAGAAGGAAAAAGAAGUCUGUGUGUUCAUAUGUACGAUGGUCCGUUGUGACCGUUAGACAGGUGAGACAUUACAGGUGGACUCUGGGCGAUGGAGACAGUCUGACAGUCCGACAGGAAACAUGGAAGUUAGUUUUUUACGAGGUCUGCUUCUUGUCUUCCUGACGGCUUGGACUUCAGCAGACGACGGACAGGUGACCUUCGUAUCCGAGCUUUCGUCCAAACCUGCUCAGAAGUUAUCUAAGUAUGGUUGGUACGGCAGCGUGAGGCUGCAGAGGUUCCACAUACCGGAGGAGACGGCCAUCGCUCGCUGGCUCUUCUCUGUGACGAAGGGCCACAACUUCAACUGUGGUCAGCACAACGUCACCAUACAUAUCCGAUGGGGUUCCCCUCCAGUCAUAAACCCAGUAGCGUCUGUGUUUCCCAAUUCAACCCUUUGGAGCCCCUGCUUGUCUCUGACUCUACCGGUAACGUCACAGAGCUCCAUGACUUUUAACAUCUCGGAUCCUGCUCCAGGCGACUGGUACGUUGCUGCUCACUUGCCUGAAGAUGAUGGACGCAUAGAGCAGAAGGGCUUUCCGUCCUGCUCCUAUUUCUUCCAGCCUCAGUUAUCAGUCAUUAGAGCCGUAGAUACACCUGUUUUACAGCAGGGCACAUUCCUAACACAGACUGCAGCCCCUGACAGACCUGCACGCCUUAAGUUGUAUGUUCCAGAGUUUGUCUCGUCUCUCUCGGUCUCCGUGGCCGACUGUUCAUCAGAGGGAGCAGAGAGUGGAAACUGUUCACUGGUCCUCAGGCUCGGCUCUGCUUCUCUGCAGCAGGGCCCAGUAACAGUGAACUGCUCAGGGAUCGGCUGCUCUGCUGCUCUGACUGACCCUCCAUGGCACACAUGGUUACGCAUCGUCGUGGAGAGCAGCCAAGUCAACCGUACUUUGACCUUUAAUAUUGUCUCAAACUACACAGUGGGAUGUAAGCCAAAAAGCGUAGGCCUUAAAGCGGAUGAUGACAUCAGCAGGCUCCGUGGCAACAGCAGCGAUACCAACUCAACGUCGACGGGCAACAGCUCCGUGGUUACAGAUGCAGCCACCUUUAGCAACGAAUCUGCAUCACUGAUAGCACCGUUGUCGAUGUGUCUGUGGAGCAUCCCAGUGCUGUAUGAGGAGGUGGAUGUUCUGUCCAUCAGGUUCAUGCCCGUAAACGGACCAAGCGUCAGCGUUACAAACACACACCCCACACUGCUCACCUACCCCCUGCACACACAAGCCACCGGUGGUACCCUCAACCUGCAGCUCACACUCAACUCUACUAAUGCAACCUUGGGGACCAGCAGCAGUGUGGUGGCUUGCCUCUCUCCCUGGGCUCCAGUCACUGAACUGAACCACCCUCAACCCUGUCGCACAGCUUUGUUCGGAGGACACGGUGUUGCUGUAAAUGCCAGCGUUAAUAAAUCUGUGCUCAGGCUGCCUUUCCCUCAGUCAGCAACAUGGUACCUCACCUUACAGCUGGUAUGCAACAGCAGUAACUGUGGUAAUACAUCGGUGGUGUCUGUGCUGCCGGAGGUGUUUAUCAGUGCCUGUGUGGAAGACUGUGGGACGUAUGGUGAAUGUAGACUCCUGAGAUCCUACAGCUACCUGUAUGCUGCCUGCGUCUGCAAGGCUGGCUGGAGUGGUUGGGGCUGCACCGAUGACUCCACAGCUCAGUCGUCCAGCCACCAGUUGACAUCAACUUUGCUGCUCACGCUCAGCAACCUGUUUUUCCUGCCUGCCAUCGUGGUGGCCGUCAAACGCUGCUACAUCACCGAGGCGUCCGUCUACCUCUUCACCAUGUUCUUCUCCACGUUCUACCAUGCAUGUGACCAGCCAGGUGUAGCAGUAUUGUGUAUUAUGGACUAUGAUACCCUACAAUACUGUGACUUCCUGGGUUCAAUCUGUGCUAUCUGGGUCACCAUCCUGUGCAUGGCUCGCAUCAAAGACACAUUCAAAUAUACUCUGUUCAUGCUCGGGGCUCUGCUGAUAGCCAUGUCGAUGCAACUAGACCGCAAAGGCCUGUGGAACCUACUGGGUCCAAUCCUCUGUGCCAUACUGUUCAUGGUCAUCGUCUGGGUGUAUCGAGGGGUCCGUCGGCGACAUUGUUACCCACCUUCUUGGCAGCGCUGGGUCUUCUACCUGAUCCCAGGAGGACUCUGCGCCCUAAUCGGGGUGUGUUUGUACAUUUUUGCCGAGACGGAGGACAACUACUAUUACACACACUCGCUGUGGCACAUCUUGGUGGCCAGCUGUGUGGUGUUCCUGCUGCCGCCGAAGGAGAAGCACAAGGAGUCGCUGGGCUGGAGCAGAGGCUGGAGCUGGAACUGGAGCUGGAGCUGGAGACCCCGGGUGUGUGGAUAUACACUCUGUCAGAGCGACAAGGACGAACUCUACACCGUCACAUAGUAGAUCAGGAGAUUUGUCGAGGUAUUGAUUGUUAGAUGCACUAUGAAACAUUCACAUACCUUUAGAAAUACAAGAUACAAUCAAAAAAUACAGUGUGUGCCUACUGAAACCCAAAAAAUAGAGCUGAUAACUGGCUGCCAUUCCUUUCAGUUUAAUCACUUGUGUAGCGACACGUUUGAAAUGCUCUUCCACCAUGUGAAGAAGAGGUAGAAGUUGCAGGGAAGCAAAACUGGCCAGUAGAACAGGUGGAGAGCAAUGAUUGUGUUGGUGAAUCAAAAAACAAAACACAACAAAUCGUCUUUGAUGGAGCGCCCAAAUGGCUUCAUCGUGCCACAGGUCACCAAAUGUUUUCCCUCAGAUGCCUCCAGACGUUACAGUAGAACUCUGCAUCAACAGUCUGACCAUGAGGCACAACUUACUGGUGCAUUACCAUUUGAAUGUGGAACUAAACAAAGAGCAUCCUCACGGUUUGCUCCUGACCUUUUCAGUCUUUGUGCUCUUCAUUGCACAGACGACUGUUUGGUCUCUGGAUCGCAGCCGCACGCCAACCUCUGUGGCCACACAAACGUUCAUCCCGAUGUCCUCACUGAAGAUUCCCCGUAUCGGUUGUAUUUACAUGACCACUUCGCGCUGCAUUCCUGCGCAACAGGAGCAGAAUCUAAUCUUUUCGCUCGCACCUUGUACACAAGCACAAGGUGCCUGCUGGUGUUGACGAAGUUUUCUUUAAGAAUUAGACUCUUCAAAGUUUCCUAACGUCUUUAAUAAUGGAUUUUAAAAUCAAAGUCAGCCCUGUAUUCUCAUAGGUCUGCCGUUUCUAUUUAUACAUUAAGUACGAAGCUGUUAACAUAUUGGGAUACGUUUUCUAAAAGUCUUAAAUUGAGAUUAAAACUUGCAGACAUGCUGAAAUGCAAACCCGAACUGAACCCGCUGAAACCUCCACGGUGGUCCACUGUACCAGCUUAGGUGUGAACAUCAGAACCUUCAGGAAACAGACCGCCUGACCUUUGACCUCACGACCAGUAGUUUGUGCAUAUUGUGUAUGUACAUAUUUAACUAGAGUAGGAAAUGAAUGUUUGAAAUAUUUAUAAUGAAUAGCACUUUGUGGAACUCUUAAAUCUUUAUAUUCAGUCUAUCAUUGAGUCUACUGAUAAAAUAUGUCGUAUUUACAGCUGAUGUAAACACUCCUCCCUCUCGUAUUUUCCUUUGUGUUUUUUUUUUCUAUCGCAGAUUGGGGAAAAAUUUGAAAGUGGUUCAAACUUUUUGAUUCAUUUAUAAUGUGCUUGAUUUUUAACUGCCAGAUACUUUGAACAUUCUUUAAAGUACUUUGAGUGCUUGCUUUUUCCAGAGUUUUUACACUCUGUAUUGUGGUCUUCCCUGCUGAAUGCAGAAUAGAAAUAUUUAAAACCCACACACCACUCCUUUGCCAAAGUCACAUUGAUCAUGCCUUCACAUAAAGUCAUUUACAGCGUCUGCAUUUCUAGAACACUGUUGGACUCAUGAUUGACAGUAUUUAUAUGAAAUCCUAUUUCUUGGCACCCAUAUGACCAAUGCAACACUGGCAGUUCACUCACAGACUCUGGGUGAGUUUUGCUCGUGAAAUCAUUAUUAUUAUUAUUAUCAUUAUUAGCAGAGACGAGGACCAGGCUUCAGAAGUCUUUACUACUCCACACCGUCAACUGAUACUGACUUACUUUAGGCAGUUUAUCAUAUUUUGCUCAGUUCACUUUGGAGCCACGAGAGACUUUCAACUACUUUUAAACUGAUUUUUGAUGUGUAGAAUCAGUGUAAUUCCCCUUUAACUUUCUCCUGUGUUUCUGUGCAGCACACUUUAUAGCCACUAGCCAGCUGUAAUUCAGGGUCUUUAAGUUAAUUGUGGAUGUAAACAGGUAGAGAAACUAAAUUGUGUGGUCAUCUAUAAUGCAAGAUGCCUCUUCACAAAAGCUAAAAAAGUCUGUCUUUUAUUGUCUUUUCCUGUCUGCUGUUUGAAUGUCGUCUUCACUGUUUACUUCCUCAGUCUAAAGCAUUACCAGUUUGUCUGUCUUACUCAUUCUGAAGCACUUUUAUGAUUAGAAAGCUGUUUCCACAUUGUAAUGUACAUAGUCUGUGUGUGUAUGAAUCAGCACUUUAUGAAUGUAUAUCCAGACUACUGUUUAGUGCCUCCUGUUUUAUCUGUGUCUGUGAGUGCACUCUAUAUCCUGUAUUAUUGUGUGUGAAUGUGCCUGUUUUGUCACUUUCCAUUCUUUAUUUUGUGUAAGACGUUCACUGUAGUUCACUAUGGUGUGUGAUUUUAUUUGGUCCAUUCUGUGGGGAUUUUUUUUUUUUAAUUGUUGUGAUUUUGCACAUGUUGACAUUGAAUUUUUCUGACUGUCACGCUCGCCCAGCCUUCUUUUCAUUGUUGCAAUGUGUACCGUUUUGAAUCGCUUCAUCUUGUUAUCACAUUUUAGUAUGAAAAGUCGUUCUACCGCUGCAGCAGACUGUUGCUCUUAUUAUCUACAAGGGAGAAUGAAUGCAAUGUUCAAUGUAUGGGAUGGUUACUUUUCAACCUGUUUAAAAAAUCAAAUCAGCAUUUAGUCUACCAAAAAAUAAAUCCGUUAUAUGAGGA